AUGAGAAGAGUGACAUCUAUAGCUUUGGGGUUGUGCUGUUGGAGGCCAUUACUGGGAGAGAUCCUGUGGACUAUAGCGAGUGACAUCUAUAGCUUUGGGGUUGUGCUGUUGGAGGCCAUUACUGGGAGAGAUCCUGUGGACUAUAGCCGUCCUGCAAAUGAGGUUAAUCUAGUUGAUUGGCUUAAGGUGAUGGUUGGCAGUCGGCGGUCAGAAGAAGUGGUUGAUCCAAGCAUAGUAACAAGACCAUCCACUAGAGCUCUGAAGAGAGCAUUGUUGACAGCUUUGAGAUGUGUUGAUCCUGAUUCAGAGAAAAGACCGAAAAUGAGUCAGGUUGUGCGCAUGUUAGAAUCUGAUGAAGCAAUACAUCGUGAGGAUCGAAGGCAUAGGCGGAAUCGUAGUGGGAGUACAGAGAUUGAAUCCCAGAGACAGAAUUCCGACACAGACAAAAGUGACAACCCUGAUUCUAAGAUGAACACCAGGAGAAAAAGACCUUGAUGAUAACCGAACUCGAUCUUUCGGCAAGUCUUUCAGGUCUAAUUCCUCACAUUCUUUGGUUUGGACUGCUGCGUCGUUUUGUCUGCAACAGGCUCCUCUCCCUCUACUGAACCCGACGCUAGAGGAUCGAGAUCAAUGGAAAUAGGAAUAGUCUUUGUAUAUUCUUUUUCAUUCUCUUUGGAGAGUAAAUUGUUUCAGUGUGUAACUAGGGUGUGAGACAGUGAGAAGAUUGCUUAAAACAAUAUGUACAGGGCUCAGAGAGAUGAGAUUGCUUUGUGAAUGGUUGCCAUUGUUCAUAGAAAGUCACUUGGCCUGUCUCAUAUUGAAAUGAUGGUAUUUAUUUUUUGCCCCCUGUUGCCAGAGGAAAUGAUACUAUGAAAG